ACUAUAUAUUUUUUUAUCAAUAAAAGUUGAAAGUUAUCAUUAACAAUAUUUAACUGUUCAUCUUAUUAGUAAAUCACAGACAGAAAAAACAUGGCUAGCAAUCUUCUUGUUAAGAGCAUUGAAGAAAUGUCUAUGGAUGGUGAUGAGCCACCAUCAGAAUAUUUAGUCAAAGGAAAUAGCUUUGGAUCUAAAGAUUCUUCAACACUGAUUCCAAUUCCUAUCAUUGAUGUAAGUCUCCUUCCAUCAGAAAGUGAGCUUGAGAAGCUAAGAUCUGCUCUAAGUUCAGCUGGAUGCUUCCAGGCAAUUGGUCAUGGCAUGUCAAAUUCAUAUCUUGACAAGGUACGUGAAGUUGCAAAACAUUUUUUUGCACUUUCAGUGGAGGAAAAGCAGAAGUAUGCCCCAGUUGUGAAUGAAUCUGAAGGAUAUGGAAAUGACAGAAUAGUUUCAGAGAAGCAAGUCCUUGAUUGGUCUUAUCGCUUGACUCUACGUGUUUUUCCAAAAGAAAAACGAAGGCUUUCACUUUGGCCCGAAAAUCCUAGUGAUUUCAGUGAGACAUUAGAAGAGUUUUCUGCCAAAGUAAAGUCAAUGAUGGAUUAUCUCUUGAGAAGCAUGGCAAGGUCACUGAAUUUAGAAGAAGGUAGUUUCUUGGACCUGUUUGGGAAGCAAUGUUUACUGCAAGCAAGGAUAAACUUCUACCCGCGUUGCUCUAGACCUGAUUUGGUUCUUGGAGUAAAACCUCACACAGAUAGAUCAGGAAUUACAGUUCUGUUGCAAGAUAGGGAAGUGGAAGGUCUUCAAGUUAUGAUAGAUGACAAAUGGAUCAAUGUCCCCACAAUACCUGAUGCUCUUGUUGUUAAUCUUGGUGACCAAAUGCAGAUCAUGAGUAAUGGAAUAUUCAAGAGUCCAUUGCACAGGGUUGUGACAAAUACAGAAAAGUUGAGAAUGUCUGUGGCAAUGUUUAAUGAGCCAGAACUAGAUAACGAAAUUGGACCUGUUGAAGGCUUAAUAAACGAGACACGUCCAAGGUUGUAUAGAAAUGUUAAAAAUUAUGGUGAAAUCAACUACAGGAGCUAUCAAGAGGGGAAAAUAGCACUUGAGACAGUCAAAAUUGCAAAUAACUGUGAUCGUGAGAAGUGAGACUAUUUCACAUUUGAAUUCCCCCGAAUGACUUCCUGUUAGAAUACAAAAAUCGAUGUUUGGUUUAUCAAGUCAAAUUAUGGAAACAGAGAUAUGAAUGGUUCAGUUGUUGGUAGAGAAUCACUAAUCAAAUCAUAUAAGAGAUGCGUCUUUAUAUUGGUUUAUCAA